GGUGGCGCCUGCGCGCAGGCGAUGCUGGCGUUGUUUAUUGUGGCCGGGGCAGCCAUCACGGUGUGAGGGGUGGAAGCGACAGAGAGAGAUUAUAUAGACAGAUAUAGUCAGCGGCCGCGGCGGCGACUACGCGGGGCAAUCCAUCGACAUCGCCUCUGUUGCUGGGCGCCACAGGUUCGGCUCGGUCACCACGGAGAGCGGCGCUGCUCCCUUUCCUUGGAGGAGAUCGGAUUGAGACGGGCCGGCGAGAGCAGAGCCACAGUUUUACAAAAAGAAAAAGCCGGCCGGCCGCUCGCUCGCUCGGAGGAGACACGCAAAAGGGGGACCCCCGCCCUUUUACUCCCGAUCCCAACCCACCCCACAUCCCGGCGCCAUGGCCUGUGGAGCCACCCUGAAAAGGACUAUCGAUUUCGACCCGCUGCUCAGCCCCCCGUCGCAGUCGCCGAAGAGGAGACGCUGCACCCCGCUCAACUCGGCCUCCUCCCCGCAGAAGUACCUGAAAAUGCAGCCGUCGCCUUUCGGGGAGGUGACCCCCCGCCUCACCACAGAACAAAUUCUCCACAACAUAAAACAGGAGUACAAACGCAUUCAAAAAAGAAGACAUUUAGAAAGUUUCCUACAUCAAUCGGAGGGCAGUUGUUCAAGUGAUACACAGUCCCAAAUUCCAGUUUUAAAUGGACCAGCUUUGCAAGGCACUUCAUCUGGAUCAUUGUCACCACAGUCAAAGAAAGACCAGCCAUUGUUCACAUUGAGACAAGUUGGAAUAAUUUGUGAACGCCUGAUUAAAGAACGAGAAGAGAAAAUCCGUGAAGAAUAUGAAGAAAUACUGGAUACAAAGCUGGCAGAACAAUAUGAUACUUUUGUGAAGUUCACACAUGACCAGAUUAUGCGACGAUAUGGAGAGCAACCUGCAAGCUAUGUGUCCUGAAUUGUCGUGUGUUUCUGUGGAGUGCCCUUUCCUUUUGAACACUGCAAGUUGGCUGUUUCUCCGAGACUUGUAGCAGUGCCAUAUUAACCACCUAAGAGCACGGGGUGUUUCCAGCUUGUGUCAGUGGCAACCACCUUUCUGCAGCAUAUGUUAAUUGGAGUGCUCCCUGAUGUGUCAUCACCUUUUAUCGGACCUUUGCUAACUUGUACUCAUAACUACCAGUGGCUUCCUCUGUUAAAAUGUUGCUGUAUGUUAAAAUCUUAAUAGCUUUUUUCUUUAAUUUGAUUGACUUUAAAGGAUCAGUGCUGGCAUUCCAGAAUAUGUCCACCUCACAAUUUCAGCAUUGUAUUUUAAAUGCCAGAUUUAGGGAAAUCAGUCUAGUACGGUUUUAGUAAUGAGCCUUAUUUUGCAAACUUUGACUUCUAGCUACCAAAAUGCAGAAGAGGGCAACCACCAGUCUUUUUUAUUCCUAUUCCUUGUAUAAGUGUUAUAUUUUCUCAAGCCAAUUUCUUGAUGAUUUUGCCUUUUGUCUUAAAAACAAAUUCAUAUUACACAAUACAAAGUUCACUCAAUUUUGCAAGUGACUAAGGUAAUAUGUGGGUCAUUUUUGUUUUUGUUUAGUAUUUGGGUUUCCACAAAUUAGUGAAGCAUAAUUCAAUUCAAUCAUAAAUGAAUGAUUCAAACUGUUGAAUUAGAUUUUCAGCAACAUAAUGUUUCCACGACAUCCAGCAAACAAAUGUUUGCAGCUUGACCUUGUUUCUACUUUGGGUAUUACCUCUGUUAAUAUUAGAUAUGUUAAGUCAGGAUGUUAUUUUCCAAAAACUCUUUUCGAUACAACUAGGUUAUUAAAUUACAUACACGUUUGACUUUAAAUGCGAGAUUCUUGAUUUCUAAUAUUACUAUGGUGAUUCCAGUAUUUUUUUUUUUUUUUAAAUGACUUGCAAGUAACUAGAUCCAGUUAACCAUUAAACUACAAAGGUCCAAGAAUAUUGAUCAUAAACAUGCUUCCAAGAGAGCAGCUGUGAAGAUGCAAUAGCUGGUAGAAAUGCCAUCAGUUACUGCAUGGCUGAGAUUCAGAUGACCGGAGGGCAAAGGUUUGCAAAGGCUCAUUGUGCACUACGACAUUUCUGCAGGCAAAAUCUCAGAUUGAAUAUUGGAUAAUGUGAUUGAUUAUCUCUGCUGUUGGAAUUGCCUGUGUGUAGCUGUGGUCACCUAUCAAAUGAAGGGUUCAGAAGGGAGUUUCCUCUGAAGAAGAGGCUAGGAAAGGGUAACUGAAGCUUCAUAGUAAAUUUGAUUAAAAUAGUAAAUUUUAUUUAUUCUAGCAGUCUUUCAAAGUUUAUUUCUGCAUUUUGAUGUACCAUUAUUUUACUGUUCUUUGUAGUGUAAUGGAAUUUAGUUGACAAUAAAAGUUUACAUCCAGA